AGUUUUGUACCCCUGGUAUCAUGGUUGUAGAUAUCUUAAACCAUAGAACAAUACUUAAACCGUGGUUGGUAUCAGUAGUUUGGCGAUAACUGGUGAUAACCGCCGAUAAUACUAUUUAUCGGUGAGUGGUGACUGAUAAGGAGAAAAAUCACAAUUUAAAAUUCGGAAAACACAAAUUACUUUUAUGAGUUGUAAGAGGAACCGAGUAAGAACCGAGUACUAGACUACCAGAGAUCGCUGAGACGGUCUUCGCCUCAGAUACACGAAGAGAUUCUACGGAACGACCAUCGACACUGAAACCCUCAUCCCAACGGGACCGUGAUUAAUCGUUACCGAGCGAUGGAAGACUCAAUAUUUCAACUAUUUAUUGUCGGCAUUUUAUGGGGCAGCUCAAAUCCAUUUCUGAAAGCUGCAACUAAUAAAGUAAAAAGAAAUAAGAUAUUUAAUAUAAUUUCAGAAGUCAUUGAUCAUUUAACCAAUUGGCACUAUUUGAUACCAUUUCUUAUCAACCAAUCUGGGUCUCUAUUGUUCUAUUUCACUCUAAAAUAUUCAGACAUAUCGUUGGCUGUUCCUAUUGCAAACGGAGUUUCAUUUGUGUGUACAUCAAUUGUAGGCACAUUGAUUGGAGAAGAGAAGCCAAAAUUGCGAACAAUCGUUGGAAUACUAUUUUUACUAUUUGGUAUUUUUUGUUUAAUUAUAGAUAAGAAAAUAUAAACAACUAUUUACUAUUUAUUGUGAUCUAUUUAUUAUUUUUAUCAUGGGAAAAUUUGGUGGAUGGUACACAUGGGUAUAUUACAUUAUGCUUUUACAAUUGUUUUUUAUUCAGACAAAUAAAAUAGGUACAACAAAUAAGUAUUUUUUUAAAAAAUAAAAAAAAACAAAUAAAUGUGACUAGGUGUACAACAUUGAAUAUAGGAGUAUAUAAUAUUAUAAAUUAUAUUAUAU